AGUUUCCGCGCAUGCGCAGUGAGGCCUGUCUGACCGACCUUCACCGGGGCCGGCGCCACCAUGUUCUCUCGGGCGGGCGUUGCUGGCCUCUCGGCCUGGACCGUGCAGCCACAAUGGAUCCAAGUUCGAAAUAUGGCAACUUUGAAAGACAUUACCAGGCGACUAAAAUCAAUCAAAAACAUCCAGAAAAUUACCAAGUCUAUGAAAAUGGUAGCAGCAGCGAAAUACGCCCGAGCUGAGAGGGAGCUGAAACCGGCCCGAGUGUAUGGAGUGGGGUCCUUGGCUCUGUAUGAAAAGGCUGAUAUUAAGACUCCUGAAGACAAGAAGAAGCACCUCAUCAUCGGUGUGUCCUCGGACCGAGGGCUCUGUGGUGCUAUUCACUCCUCGGUUGCUAAACAGAUGAAAAGCGAGGCGGCCAGCCUUGCAGCAGCCGGGAAAGAAGUUAAGAUUAUUGGAGUUGGUGAUAAAAUCAGGAGUAUACUUCACAGGACUCAUUCUGACCAGUUUCUGGUGACAUUCAAAGAAGUGGGGAGGAGACCCCCUACCUUUGGGGAUGCAUCAGUCAUUGCCCUUGAGCUGUUAAAUUCUGGAUAUGAAUUUGAUGAAGGGUCUAUCAUCUUUAACCGAUUCAGGUCUGUCAUCUCCUACAAGACAGAAGAAAAGCCCAUCUUUUCCCUUGACACCAUUUCAAGUGCUGAGAGCAUGAGUAUCUACGAUGACAUUGAUGCUGAUGUGCUGCGGAAUUACCAGGAAUACAGCCUGGCCAACAUCAUCUACUAUUCCCUGAAGGAGUCCACCACGAGUGAGCAGAGCGCCAGGAUGACGGCCAUGGACAACGCCAGCAAGAAUGCUUCCGAAAUGAUUGACAAAUUGACUCUGACAUUCAAUCGCACCCGCCAAGCUGUCAUCACCAAGGAGCUGAUAGAAAUCAUCUCUGGUGCUGCAGCUCUGUAAAGAAGAAUUCAGCAAGCUGAUUUUGUUUUUAGCUUACGGCUGUCCUUGUCAGAAGAAUUUGUUGGUCCAUUGUUCAGAUUACUAAAGACAGCAAGAUAUUUGUAAAUUAUCUUACAAUAAAUGACUCAACAUAAAAUCA